GAAAAGAAAAUGAAGAAUUCUCAGGGGCUCAUGUUUCUUUUUUUAGGGAUAUGCAUUUUCUCAUCACAGUGGAUACUUACCCAUCAAAAAGUUGAUUUGGCCUUAGGAGGAACAGCAACACAAUCUUCUACAUUAUAUAACUAUUAUCCUUCUAAAGCUAUUGAUGGUAACACAGCAUCUUCUGUUGGUUCUGGCUCAUGUUCACACACAAAUCGAGACUAUGGCCCAUGGUGGAGGGUGGAUUUGUUGGCAGAGUAUGUUAUUGGAACUGUAGUCAUCACAAACCGAGGCGACUGCUGUUCACAACGGAUAAAUGGUGCAGAGAUUCACAUUGGUGACUCCCUAGUCAACAAAGGCAACAAUAACCCCAGAUGUGUUGUUAUCAGUAGCAUCCCCGCUGGUGCCACUGCAAGCUACACCUGCAAUAUGAUGGGUCGUUAUGUGAACAUUAUUCUUCCCAAUAUUUACCAGUUUCUUACACUUUGUGAGGUGCAAGUUUAUGAAGGGCCUACUAUUAAGUGGACAUUUCUGAGAUUAAAGAUUAAUAGCAGUGAGGAUUUCAGCAACCCUACCAUGAAAGACAGCAUACUUCAAAAGAUAAAAUCUACCAAUCUUCAGACAUCAAUAUUUCAGAUUCACUGGACAGUGGAACCAGAACUGGAAACUAAACUUAAUAGUGGUCAAAAUUAUUGCCCAGCGUCAAGCAAGGAGAGCAAAAUAGAUUAUUGCUAA